UCUCCCUCUCCAUCCUUCAUAUCUGCUAAUGAUGCCCUUCAUGGAAUUCACUCACAAACUCUCUCUUUUCCAUCUUCCCUCUCCAUUGGAGAGAGAGAGAGAGAGAGGGGCAGAGAGAGAGAGGGAGAGGGAGAGCAUUGAAACACUGCAAGGAGUGCUCUGUCUCCCUCUCCCCCUCUCUGGCACAUUGUUGUUUUUUUUUCCUGCCCAAUGGACUCCGAUUUCGCGACCAAACGGUGGUGCCAUGUCGGUCACGAGAAGCCCGAGGCUGUGGCUCGCCUCCAGGAAGGGAUCACCGUGCUCCUCUCGCGAUGGCGUGGCCUUCAGCUAGCCGUCGAGAACCAAUGGGGUGGCCCCGAUUCUCUCCGGAAGUCUCGCCAGCUUGCUGCUGAUAUACUCUCAUGCUUUGCUUGCUCAAAAGAAGCUUUGUAUGUUGAGGACUUGGAGAAUUUUCUCCACGAAUGCAUGCUGCUUUCUUUCAACACAGAGAUGGAGGAUGGAAGCAUUGAGGAGGUACUGUGUAAUGUGGCAGAACAACUCAUGAUGUUGCAUGCAGAGUACUUGCAAGGACAUCACUAGUUCUUGCAUCAGAACAUGCACCUCUCCAACCCCCCAGCUCUUGUUCUAAGAUAGCUUGAUACCAAAAGGGACUGCAGGAAAUAUUCUGGCGUCAGAGCAAAUCAACUUUGCACUGUGGAUGGAUCAUGAGAUGCAUUUUCUGAAGGCCAGUUCUGGUAGCAAGGUUUUGAAGAGAAUCACUUAAAGAGCAGAGAGAGAGAAGAUGAGGGAAACUUGUGAAUUUAUCCUGCUUAUUUAGGAUACAGGCAUUUUGUAUUCAACAAGAUCCCUUUUCGCUUUUGGCUUGACAAACAAGAAAAAAUAAUGUUAUGUCCCUUUGCUCGGUCAUAUGUUAUGUUUGAUAUGAAGACCGGCAUUUUAAUGAUGAUUGUUUGGCCCA